AUGAAUUUGGAUGAUGAGAUUGUUGUUGCCCGUGAAUUGGCAUCAAACAAUGAUAAUAAAUUCACUGAACGGAUUUUCCAGCAAAACAUUCAGAAAUUUCGAAAUUUACUCCAAACCUCCACUCCUUAUAGCCUUUCAGACUUUGAAAAGUUUUUAAAGAAGUUAACUAGUUCCAGACUUUUCGGAAUCUUGGUCGAUGAUAAUAAUCAAAAAUACGGUGUUUUAAGGGAUGAUGAUUUGGUUGGAAAGUUGAUGAAACUGAAGGAUAUCGACUAUAAAAUUUUUUGUACAAUAGAAACGGCUGGAAAUAAAGGGAUAUGGACUGCAGAUAUACGUAAAAUUUUGGGAUUACAUAUAAAUCAAGUACAAAGAGGAGUAAAAUAUUUGUACGAAUCAAAUAGAUUAAUAAGGCCGAUUACUGAUGUUAAUUACAAGAGCAGGAAGCUGUUUAUUUUGUCGACUUUAGAACCAUCCACUCAAGUAACGGGUGGUUCAUUCUACGACAACGGCGAAUUUAAUGAGCUUCUGGUAGAAAAAUUACAGGAACAAAUUUGCUCAUUCCUUUCUAAUAACCAGGGCUCUAAUAUUCAAGAUAUUACUACAUUUCUCAAGGAAACAAAUAUUAUAAGAGGAGAAUUGCUGGAGACUGAUGUAAACAGAAUAAUUAAGUUGUUACUACUAGAGAACAAGAUAUUCAACUCUCCCCUAGAAAAUAACCAAUUCAUCUACAUUUGGUGCGGCGACAAUAACUUGAAGUUUAUUGAAGAUUGUUUUAAUGUUCCUUGUUUUGGAUGUAAUAUAUCAGAUUCGUGUAAUUUUAAUGAUGACCAUGUUAACCCCAAAAACUGUAAUUACCUAACUCAAUGGUUGGAUUAUGAUCAGAUCUGA